AAAGAAUCGGAACCCUCACAGAGAAGCAUCUCAUCCUACUCAACAAUCGUUUCAUCAUGUCGUCCAAAUACCCUCAACGCAAGCUCGGCGAUGAUUAUGUUUCAGCACAAGGGCUCGGCUGUAUGGGAAUGUCCUUCGCGUACACCUCGUAUGGCGGCUACGAUGACGAGGAGUCCUUGAAAGUUCUCACCGCUGCGGCUGACAGGGGCAUCACAUUCUGGGAUACGUCAGACAUCUAUGGCCCCCACACGAACGAGAAGCUCAUCGGCAAAUGGUUCAGAGAGACGGGCAGACGAAAGGAAAUUUUCCUGGCCACAAAGUUCGGAAAUUUGAGGAACGCAGACGGUUCAGCGACAGUGCGUGGUGACGCAGCAUACGUCAAGGAGGCCUGCAACGGCAGCCUUGAACGGCUCGGCAUCGACCAAAUCGACCUGUAUUACCAGCAUCGCGUGGACCCUAACGUUCCGAUUGAAGAGACGGUACAGGCGAUGGUGGAGCUGAAGCAAGAGGGCAAGAUCAGGUACCUAGGUCUUUCAGAGUGUUCGGCAGAAACUUUGAGAAGAGCUUCCAGGGUGCAUCCAAUUGCCGCGGCACAGAUGGAAUUUUCGCCGUUCGCAUUGGAGAUCGAGUCUGAGCAAACGAAGUUCCUCGCGACGGCUCGUGAACUCGGAGUGAAGAUUGUAGCGUACAGUCCUUUGGGUCGCGGAUUUUUGACGGGCACCAUGCAGAGUCGCGCAGAUCUCGACGACUCCGAUAACCGCAAGAAUCAUCCCAGAUUUUCGGAGGAGCAUUUCGACGAAAACGUGAAACUCGUUAACAAGCUGCAGGAACUGGCGAAGAAGAAAGGGUGCACGGCCGGACAGCUGUCGCUCGCAUGGGUGCUGGCACAAGGCGACGACUUUAUUCCGAUCCCAGGCACGAUGUUACGGAACAAGGAAGUAACGGUCCAGGGGCUGGCUGACUAAUAGAGCAACGGCUCUACCUGUAAUUAGCCUUCCUCAACUCUAUAUAAUCAUUAUCAAUCUCAACUUUAUAAC